AAGCUAGGUUGGAAUUGAAAUUUGCCGCCUGUCUAUUUAACCGGUAACGGGGGAGAGGAAAAGUCGGAUUAUGCCGAAAAUGCAAUGAUUGGCUCGCAUUGUCAGCCAAUCAUGCACGUCUGUCUCUUUUGUAUACGUGAGAAUUUCCUUCUUCGCACUUUUUUUUACUACUCACUGAUUUGACCUACGUGUUUAUCUCGACAGCCUUUCCUCUCCAUAAGAUAUCGUGACAACAUCUGAAUCCGACUGAUGAGUCUUCACGUCGCCGUUCUGAGCUUUAAAAAACGCGAUCGCUGCAGGAAGUGAGUAAGAUCGCGAAUAAGACUUGUUUUCUCUCUCUCUUUUUCUUUCUCUCUCUCUCUGUCUCGUAUCUUAUCGUACAUUCUUUGCGAGAUUUUCUUAAUUUGCUCUGAACCCUGCCAUUGUGUCGACGUGAAUCAAGGGAAUGCUCAAGUAAAUGGAUUUGCGCAAAGAUACGAUUAAUGAUUUAUAAUUGAUAUCAAUUGUAUUGCACGAUCGCACAACCGGAAAACGAACAGUAACGAAUUAGAGAACUUGGUAAAAGAUGGAGAGGGGAAGGGAAGAAAAAUGAAGGCUCAAGGGUAAAGUGUGUAUUGUGUUUGAAAAGUCAAAUGACCGUUGUUUUAAUAAGAAAGGAUCCGAGACUCAUUUCGCCGAGAUUGCAGCUAGACACAUCUCAAAAUCUUUAGCGGUUUAUUGAAUUGAAGUAUAUGGUGGUAUCAACUAGAAGAAUGUCGAAACGAACGUUGGAGCCAGUAGAUCAAUGGUUGGCUAAAGAAGGUUACUUCAGAAAGCCUACUCCUAGAGAUCCCACUUGUUUAUUCAGAGCAAUCAGUGAACAGGUGUAUCAUACUCAGCAUUAUCAUUUACGAGUGAGAAAAGAAUGUACGGAUUUUAUGAUAAAAAGAAAGCAUUUGUUUAUGAAUACUAUGACAUCAUUUGAUUAUUAUCUGAAAGAAAUGCAGUGCUUCACAGAGUGGGGAGGUCCAAACGAGAUUCGUGCUAUGUCCUUGCUUUAUAAAAGAGACAUCAUCAUAUUUGUCAGCGAGAAGCAGAUAUGUGAAAAUGUUACUAAUAAUGGUUUCAAAAAAGGUGUCAUAUUACUAUGUCAUACAGAACCAAAGCAAUAUGAGCCUGUUUAUCCAAUGGCUUUUGUCCAAUCAGCCGCUUAUUGUCAAUCUAUUGUUUAUGAGGUUGUAUAUAGGUAUUUGUAUCAAAUGCCUAAUAUAAAGACUGUUGCGGAUAAAAUGUUAAAUAAUCGAAAUACUGCAUUUAGACAUGAUAGAUUUUUUCAGAAGGGAAAUCUUGAUAUUAGAGAACAAUUGAUUGAAGAUUUAUACAAAAAAGUCAAGAAUGAACAUAGUGAUACGGAUGAAGUGCAAUCUGACUGGAAGGGAAUACCACCUAUUCCUUAUAAAGUUGCAAAAGCAUUAGCUCCUGAUUAUUAUCGCAACAUAGAAUUAGACAUAUGGCAUGAAUUGAAACGAGAGGUAAAAUCUGCAGGAUGGAACAGGUACAACAGUAAUGAGCUUCAAGUUGGUGGCAAAUGUUUGAUAGAAAUCAGUAUAAAUGAUUUAGAACAAUGUGACAGAAAUAAUAACAAAAGUUUACGUUCUAAUCCAUCAGAUCAUGGUGGUGAGAACAAUAAGAUUGAGCAGCAAAAAUUGAAGCAGGGGCCCCUUUGGCUCCAUGGUUAUAUACAGGAAAUGCAUACAAAUAGAGAGCCAGUCCUAGUCUUUAUCAAAGAUCUUGGAGAAAAAAAAUUUGUUCCAUAUGAUGCUCUGAAACCAUUACCUGUAGUAAGGAAAAAUAAACAGAAAAAUUGGGUAGCAGUCAAUAGAACUCAUUCAGUUAAUUCAGAUUCCAGUCGACGGUGGAAUAAAUCAUAUAACUCAUUCUCGCGAAAGAAAAAAGGCACCUUAAGUAUGGUACAUGGUACAACAAGUAAUCCAAAUAAAAAUAUAAUAAUAAAGGAUGAUAAUAAUAAUAAUAAUAAUGAUAGUGAUAAUAUUAACAAUAUUAAUCAAACUAAAAUUGAUGAGCGAAACGAUGAACUUUCUACAAUAGAUCAAUGCCAAACAGAGAAUCAGUCUUUAGGAGAUCGUGCGACAAAUGAAGAAACUAACAGUUUGCCUGUCAUGGUUGCACUAAACAAUUCACAAUCCACAGCAUCGAACAGUGUAGCACAAAAAGGAGAAGAGCAUAAAAAAGUGGUAUAUAGAAAGAUGAACAAUACUGCAAGAAACAAAACUGAAAAAUAUAAUCCUCGUAAUGGUUUUCAGAAUUCAUGCACAAAAUUGAAAAUGUCAGAUGAGAAUUAUUGUUCACCUUGCAAUGCUAACCAACAAAUCAACAUGAACGGCAAUCCGAACGUAUCUUAUGUUGUCUCGGAUAAUGCAUAUCCUGUUUAUCCAUACAUGUCGGGAAAUUUCGGAGAGCACAAUCAAAUGGAUCAUUCAUUCGCAUCUAAUUUCUUUUGUAAUUUGCACCUGCUACAUUUGGAGGAUUCUUUUCGUACCUUAAGUCCAACUUAUUACGGACCUAUGAUGUAUGGGCCGGGUCAUCAUGGCAUGCAACCUCUAGGAGCACCAUCAGGAAAUGCUCAUGUUCCAAGUAUGCCAGAAGAAAUGGAGCAUCUUGCAAACGGGAUGCAGAAUUGUUCGUUAACAUAUAGCGAAGGACCAGCCGCUAAUGAUGAUAUUUCCAAUACUUCGCAUCGGAGUAUAAGUGGUGCACAAAACGCAAGACAACCAAAGCAAGAAUUGAAAAGUUUGAAUGGAAAAGAUCCUUUGUAUCAAGUUGGACAGAAAGGAAAACAGAGUGGAACUGCUAAAGGCACAGGCAACAAGGCGCGAAAUCGUCAGCAGAAUCGCGGAUCGAUGUAUUCGACGCAGCACUCGGGUCAGCAAUACGGAACGUCGAUGAUGAACACGGCAUAUGAUACAUGUAGAAACGACGCGCACGUAGUACAGCAUGGCCGAUCUUGGGAUCCAUUGUUGCAGCAUCUAGCGCCCAAUGGACCGAAUGCUUACGCAUCGCCGCAAUACGUGCCGCCACCGGGCGUAUUCCCCUCACCAAUACCAUAUCAAGAAAUGCCAUCGCACUACACGACGAAUGACGGUAUCUUAGGAAAUCCUUCUCCAUAUUAUCCAGCGGGAAACGGUAGCUAUGUACCGAUGCCACCAUAUUUACCGCCUCAACAUAUCGAUGUGACUGAGAAUGCGACUAUGCCGUCAUAUCCGCAACAUGUUUACUCGCCAAGCGAAAAUCCAUACUCAUCGAAUCAACAACCAACGGCGAGUCAGCCAAUGUUAUACUCACAGCCUGUGAUGUAUCCACAGCCAAUGCAGUAUCACGCUUUGUUGCCGCCGCAUGUGCAAGAACAAUGGAAUCCAAUGUUGGGACCGCAGCCUUAUAUCCAAUGCGCAGCUCCGAAUCCGCCACAAGUCACACAGAUAGUCGAGCCGUCCUCUAAUGGACAAUGUACCACUUCGAAAGGUUCACUUUAAAUCAUUUGUGAUAUAUAUGUAUGUAUAUAUAUCUACCUGAAGUCUGAAAAUGUAAGAUCCAAUUUUACUGCAGUAACAAAUGAAAGUAUCAUUUAGCGAAUAAUUACAGAGCUUAUUCACUAAAGGAGAGAUUUUUUAUAAAGACUGAAGUUAUAACUAUAAGGCACCAAAUUUACUGCAGUAAAAUUAAGAAUAUAACAGUAGAUUAAAAUUAACUAUUGUAUAGCAGUAAUUUUGGAGUAUUUAUAGUCAGAUUAAUUAUUCUAAAAAGUAAGAAGAAAAUUAUGAAAUAAAAUUAAUUAUUUGCGAUUCGUCAUUCUAAUUCAUCAUUAGAAGCCAACGGGAUCGUUCACUAUGAUUUUCUGCAGUUACCUGCUUCAUGUACAAAAUUCGGUCUGAUAUACAAAUCAUAUAUAAGAUACGAAGAUUGUUCUCUUUAUAGAUUAUGUACAUGGCCGAAAGAUCGCCUAAUAGAUUUCCUAUAAGAGAAAUAUUAGUUUAUGAUUAAUAAUUUAACGUAUUAGAAGACAAAAAUAACUAAAUAACUAAAAAAUGUGAACAUCAAUUGAGACAUCUUAUUUAGACUUAUAAUUUAAAAAAAUACAAAAAAAUUUGCACAGACGUAAUAUUAUUCUUAAUACAUAUAUUUAACGAGAUAAUAUAUUUAACGAGAGUUUGUUUAUAGAAGAAAUCCAUAAUAAUAUAGCAAAUCUGCCAACUUACAAUGAUAAAAAAUUCU